CCCGCGCGCCGCACGAUGGAGGUCUCGGCCGCCUGGCACGCCCUCAGCACCGGCCUGGUGCCGCCCGCCGCGCUGGGCCUGGGGCCGGGGGAGCCCGAGCCGGCGCCGGGGCCGGGGCCGGGACCGGGCGCGCUGCGGGCGGCGGCGGCGGUGCUGGCGCGGCACGGGCUGCUGGCGGCGCUGGAGGAGUGGCUCCUGGAGGUGCUGCAGCGGGACCUGCAGGCCCGCGUCGCGCCCGAAUUCUGGGGCCGCGCGGGGGGGCGGCCCGGCGGGGAGGCGCCCUGCUCGCAGCGGCUGCUGGAGGCCUUCGCGCUGCUGCGUCGCCGCCUGGCGCCCUACCUGCACGGCCUGGGCCUGCUGGAGGAGUGGGCGCGGGCCGGGGCGCUGUCGGGGCGCCUCCGGGGCGGCUUGCGCGAGCGGGCCGGUGCCCUGCUGCGCGCCGUCCUCUUCUUCGCGCCCCCCGCCGACUUCCGCGAGGCGGUCCGGCGCUUCUACGGGCGCAGCUUCCGCAUCUACAUGCGGCAGUGCGGCGGCGGCGAGGAGCCGGGGGGCGCGGGCUGCGGCUGCGGGGAGGAGUGCUGCUGGUGCCCGCUGGCCAUGGAGCAGUUCCAGCAGCUGAACGCCAUCCUCCACGAGCUGAACCUGCUGGAGCGGGUCAGCGCCGACGCUGUCACCCACGUCCUGCACCGGAUGAUCGAGGAGCGCAUGGAGUGGCGGUGCCGAGGGGAGUACGAGCGUUCCUUCUUGGGGGAGUUCCAGGAGUGGAUCGAGAAGGUGAUUGGCUGGCUCAGCAGAGUUUUUCUGCAAGAAAGUGCAGGUGCCCAGCCCGGCCCAGCCACCAGCAGCACCCUGAAGCGGUGGCGUUGCCACGUCCAGAGGUUCUUCUAUCGCCUGUACGCCAGCAUGCGCAUCGAGGAGCUGUUCAGUAUCAUCCGUGAUUUCCCAGAGUCAAAGCCAGCAGUAGAAGACCUGAAAUACUGCCUGGAGAGGACCAACCAGCGGCAGCAGCUCCUGAACUCCCUGAAGAGCGCCUUGGAGAUGCGGCUUCUCCAUCCAGGGGUGAACACCUCAGACAUCAUCACCCUCUACAUCUCUGCCAUUAAAGCUCUGCGGGAGCUGGACCCCUCCAUGGUGAUCCUGGAAGUGGCCUGUGAGCCCAUCCGGAAGUAUUUGAGGACCAGGGAAGACACCGUGCGGCAGAUCGUGGCCGGCCUGACAGGCGAUGCGGAAGGAUCAGCCGAUCUGGCGAACGAGCUCUCCAAGGCCGACCCCGUGACACUGGAGAAUGGCCAGGAGAGCGACGACGACGUCUCUGAACCUGAGGACUGGGUGCCUGAUCCGGUCGACGCUGAUCCGAGCAAGUCCAGUUCCAAGCGCCGCUCCUCGGACAUCAUCAGCCUGCUGGUGAGCAUCUAUGGCAGCAAAGACCUCUUCAUCAAUGAGUACCGCACGCUGCUGGCCGACCGGCUGCUGCACCAGUUCAACUACAGCGCCGAGAGGGAAAUCCGAAACGUGGAGCUACUGAAGCUGCGCUUUGGAGAAGCCCAGAUGCACUACUGCGAGGUCAUGUUGAAAGACAUGGCGGACUCUCGGCGCAUCAACGCGAACAUUCGCGACGAGGAGCAGAAGCUGCCCGAGGAGGAAAGGCCCCCCUUCAGCCUUGUGGCCAUCAUCCUCUCCAGUGAGUUUUGGCCCCCCUUGAAGGAGGAGAAGCUGGAGCUCCCAGGGCAGAUCAAGGAGGCCAUGGAGGCCUAUGCCAAGAAGUAUGAAAAGCUGAAGGCCAUGAGGACCUUGAGCUGGAAGCACCACCUGGGCCUGGUGGACCUGGAGGUGGAGCUGGCCGACCGCACACUGUCCCUCUCCGUGUCGCCGGGGCACGCGGCCGUCAUCCUGCACUUCCAGAGCAAGGACACCUGGACGUUGGAGGAGCUGAGCGACUCACUGAAGGUGCCAGCAGCCUCCCUGCGGCGCAAGAUGACCCUCUGGCUGCAGCAGGGGGUGCUGCGGGAGGAGGCCCCUGGGACAUUCACAGUAAUCGAGGAGGAGCCGAAGGGCCAUGCGGAGAAGGUGGUGCUGAUCGACAGCGACGAGGAGGGGGAUUCAGCGAUGGCCUCCCAGGCAGACCAGAAGGAGGAGGAGUUGCAGCUCUUCUGGACAUACAUCCAGGCGAUGCUGACUAACCUGGAGAGCCUCUCCCUGGAGCGCAUCCACAGCAUGCUCAGGAUCUUCGUGAUGACGGGCCCCAUGGCGACCGAGAUCGACGUCCAGGAGCUGCAGGGAUUCCUUCAGAAGAAGGUCCGGGACCAGCAGCUCAGCUACUCCGGGGGCGUCUACCGCUUGCCCAAGAGUGGCAACUGAGGCGGGACCCCCGGGCUGCCAAGCCCAUGGGGCAGCACGAGACAAGAUGAUAUGCGCAGGGAACUCUCCAAUUCUGGCCUGCUGAGCCAUCCUCACCCUGAUGUGUGUGGCCGCGGAGGGAGGUGCAGUCACGGGGACCGCUAGGGAAAGCAUUUGUUUUUAUUGAUUUACUGGUUUGUAAUAAAGUGGCUUCUGUCUUA